CGUAUUAUUGCAGCAGGGCUGAGCUUCCACUGAGCUGGGGAUUGCACGAGUGAGUCAGAGUGUUGCCGCUCCUCGUCUCACCUGCUGCUGAAAACAAAGCAGCAUGAUUGCCUGACUGACUGAGUGAGUGACGAGGGACCCAGAGCAAACAGGGCCUGUCACAGAGAGUUGAGCAGAAAUGGCUCUGCGCAGAUCACCCUCCUCUACCUGUGCCACAGAUUCAUGGUCCAACAGUGCCCUUCAAGUGACCAGGGCACUCAGUGAGUCAUCCUCCAUUCAAAGCGACGUCCUGUACCACCUGGCCCGGGACGUGUCUGCGACGGGAAUGGACCUCAUGUCUUACAGCAUCCUUGAAAAUGAAGCAUGGAAAGAAGAAUCAUGGGCUCCGGAGUCACAGAUCCUGUUACAGAUCUCCCAGAGUGAGGACAAGAUCCCGGUUGUGGAUUCACCUACAAGCCCUCAGUAUCACAGAGAAGGCCUUUACUUUGCUGACGGCCGACGGAAAGUUGACUACGUCCUGGUCUUCCAUCAUCGCCGCCACAGUUCCAUACGUCAUCCCAACAGCACCUCAGUGUCACAUGACAGAUUAUCUAUUGUUUCCAAUGGCAACUUUCCCCAGUCAGUGGGCUCCGAAGCAGGUGCAGGAAUAGGAGCGGGUGUGCCGGGGGGAGAGGCAGCAAGUUUUGGCGAGGUGUUCAUGGAACUUGGAUUUGCUGGAGGGAACGAGACAGUGGAGCCGGCUGACCAUGAGAUGUGUCUGAUCAGACAAGAGUUUGAGGCCAGCCUGCUGGAGGCCGGCCUGGAGAUCGAGAGAGACAAAGAGUUCAAGGCCCAUGGCCCCAGCUUCACUCGGCUCCAUGCUCCCUGGCCAGUUCUCUGUCGAGAGGCUGAGUUCCUCAAGAUCAAAGUACCCACCAAAACGAGUUACGAGCUUAAAGAAGAAAGUGGUUUUGGGUCCAGGAUGAGCACGGUGUGGAGGAAACUGAAUCAACCUUUCCAGCCCAAAGUACCACAGCAAGACCAUGGACGCACCAAAUUUCUCUCACACUGCUUCUCCAGGGACAAACUCCACCUGUACAACAUCACAUCUAAAGACACGUUCUUUGACAAUGCUACACGGGGCAGAAUAGUGUAUGAGAUCCUGAGACGAACAGUGUGUGUGCGGACCUGUCAAACCAUAGGCAUCAGUACAUUGAUUGCUAAAGGCGUGUAUGACGCUGCAUUUCCACUUCACGAUGGCGACUUCAGGAUCAUGGGACACGAUGAAGAGAGGAAUGACAGACAGGUUCUGCAUGAAGAGUGGGCCAGAUACUCAGCCUUCUACAAGUACCAGCCCAUCGAUCUUGUCAGGAAGUAUUUCGGGGAGAAAAUCGGCCUUUACUUCGCUUGGCUCGGUGUUUACACUCAGCUGCUCGUACCAGCCUCCAUAGUGGGGAUCAUUGUGUUUGGCUAUGGGGUGGCAACACUGGAUACUAACAUACCCAGUUUGGAGAUGUGUGACGAGCGUCUCAAUUUCACCAUGUGUCCCUUGUGUGACGGAGCCUGUGACUUCUGGCAGCUCAGCACUGCCUGCGGCACGGCCAGGGCUUCACACCUCUUCGACAAUCCCGCCACCGUCUUCUUCGCCAUCUUCAUGUCUCUGUGGGCGGUGCUGUUCUUGGAACACUGGAAGCGUCGUCAGAUCAGUUUGAGCUUCAGCUGGGAUCUGACAGGCAUCGAGGAAGAUGAGGAACAUCCAAGGCCCAGAUAUGAGACAAUCCUUCUCAAGAAGAGACAGAGGAAGCAGAAAAAAAAGAAACAGAAGAAGAAGAGUGAGCCAGUGAAGCAGGAGGACGGGACAGUGACAGGGAAGGACAGAUGGAGACAAAAACUACUGUCUGCCAUGGCUGAAGGGAUACCGACUGCCACAGACAAACUGACCUGGAAGGACCGUCUUCCUGGAUACUGCAUCAACGUUUCCUCAAUCCUCUUUAUGUUUGGCCUGACAUUUUCAGCAGUUUUCGGUGUCAUCGUUUACCGCAUCACGGUGUCCGCUCUGAUGGCGAUGAGCCCCGACCCGGAGACCAAGUCCAACGUUCGAGUGACGGUUACAGCCACUGCUGUCAUCAUUAACUUAGUGGUCAUUCUGAUCCUUGAUGAAAUCUACGGCGCGGUGGCAGUGUGGCUGACUGAGCUAGAAAUCCCCAAAACAGAUACCACCUUUGAGGAGCGUCUCAUCUUGAAAGCCUUCUUACUAAAGUUUAUGAACGCAUAUGCACCCAUCUUUUAUGUGGCUUUCUUCAAGGGACGGUUCGCAGGUCGACCUGGGAAUUACGUGUAUGUCUUUAACAACUAUCGGAUGGAAGAGUGUGCACCAGGAGGCUGCCUCAUCGAGCUGUGCAUUCAGCUCAGCAUCAUCAUGCUGGGAAAACAGCUCAUCCAGAACAACAUCUUUGAAAUUGGCAUCCCGAAGCUGAAGAAGUUGGUGCGUGCGAUGAAGGCUAAAGGAUCAGCGGAGGCAGAGAGGGAGGAGGAGAGGCCUCCACAGCAGUGGAACCUGGACUAUGCCCUGGCUGCCUUUGAAGGCCUGACACCUGAAUACAUGGAGAUGAUCAUCCAGUUUGGUUUUGUCUCUCUGUUCGUGGCGUCAUUCCCGCUCGCUCCGCUCUUUGCCCUGCUCAACAACGUCAUCGAGAUCAGACUAGAUGCUAAGAAGUUUGUAACAGAGCUGCGCAGGCCAGUGGCCAUACGAGCUAAAGACAUCGGGAUAUGGUACAACAUACUGAGUGGAAUGGGAAAGUUCUCAGUCAUUAUAAAUGCCUUUGUCAUCUCCUUCACAUCAGACUUCAUCCCUCGGCUCGUCUACCAGUACAUGUAUAGUCAGACCGGCACCAUGCAUGGCUUCAUUGACCACACGCUCUCCUACUUCAAUGUGUCCAGUUUCAAGUCCGGCACGUCACCACAGAACUCAGGAGACAUCACCGUCUGCCGGUACAAAGACUACAGGGAACCCCCUUGGUCUCCGGACGCGUACCACUUCUCCAAACAGUACUGGUGUGUGUUGGCUGCAAGACUGGCUUUCGUCAUAUUGUUCCAAAAUCUUGUGAUGUUCCUCAGCCUCGUGGUUGCCUGGGUCAUUCCCGAUGUCCCCAAAACCAUCAUGGAGCAGCUCAAACGGGAGAAGAAGCUCCUCGUUGACCUAUUUUUAAGGGAAGAGAAGGAAAAAUUCCAGCUCAUUCGGCGGCUCUUCACCAAGGACCCUAGCCUGCAGCCAGGCAGCCAUGCGGUCCACACAGGGCAGGACUUUCCCAAUCUAGGUCGCUACAGUACUUUACCCACAGGCCCCACGCAGGCCUCGUCUGGAGAGGCAGGAGGUGGUGGUCCGAGGGCAAGGUGUAGGGCGGCAAGUUUCAGCCAGUUCACCAGGAAGAUUCCUCCGUCGCCUAAGAAUGAACAUGAGAAUUUAAGACACACAGCGGUGUGACUUAAUAGGCUGGGGGUACAUCACCUGAGUCUCAGGACUGUGUCCAAAUACGUCUUUGGCUGUGUCCCUUUCAAUGUCCUCGCGUGUGUGUGACACAGCAGCGCUGUGACGGAACACAUCACAGCCUAGUCUUGAACAUUUGGUUAACUUUUGCUUAUCAGUCUCAGUUUAGUUGAAUGUGCUACGUCCACGUUGGUUGAAUGGGUGUGCACGUUGUUGCUAUUCCCACCUACAGCUGUUCACGUAAAAGUGUUGACAUUUUUACGUUUUUGUAAAAAAUACUUAAGUGAGGAAUACUAGCUUCAUAGCGUAGACAAGCAAUAAUUGCUAAACUAUUUAGGCUGAUUGAGUGAGUAUUACAAGAACCUUGGAUGAGACUGAAGACAGAUCUAUGACCGAAUGGACACUUAGUCAACAUACAUGUGACUAUACAGUAUGUAUUACUUCUCUUCAUGUUAUAUUGUAAUAUUGUGAACCUAAUUUGUAGCAUCUCCAACAUUUACAAUGCAUCGUACUGAAAUCACACAAGCCUUGUAGAAGAGCUGAUUAUUUCUCUCUUUUUCUUUUACACCAUUUAUUGGACCCAUUUAUUGGACCAGAGCUCCCCAAACAGCUGCUACUCAUUGUCUUGCCCUGUACACUGAUGGAUGGAUGCAUAUGCCAACAGGGCACACUCUUGUACGCCAAUAUUAGAUUUCAGACAUAGUUUCUAGAUUGCGAUGAAUUGAAAAGCGUUUUUCCUGUUAGCCACGUGGACUUUAACAACUGUCUAUAGAGUUUUCUAAUGACUAGGAAAAUCAUUUGUCAAGUGAAAAAAGUACUUCAGAAGUGUUGUCUUCAGACAAUACUGCGACUUCUAUGCUGGUAAGUGAUAAAUCUGGGUUCCGACUACCCAAACAGAAGAGCUCGCGUAAAAGAAGUUAGUGGCGUCAUCCUAUUUUUACAGCAGUGUUAGAGGUUUGUGGAGAAACAGUGACUAAACAUAUUUAAACAUCCGUCAUUUCAGCACUGAUGCAUUUGAUUUUCUGUGAAGACGACGUCAGCUAGUUAGCGGGUUCAACUAUUGCUGUACACUGUAGAUGGUAGCAUAUUAAUAUAUGUAUAUUAAUAUUCAUACUAAUGAACAUAACUUUUGCUUGUUAAAUUCAAACUCAAAUUGUAAUUUUACAUUUUUGUUGUGUCAUGAAAGAUAAUGCUGCCUUCAAGUAUAACUUGUGAGCUUGUGGUUAUGACAUAAGAGUUCAUAUAUGAAGCUAUUGUCAUGAGAACACUGCUGCUAGGCAAUCUGUAAUGCUCACAGAAGAUUACAUUACUAUACUAGUCAUUAAAUAGGAGGCAUAGCUCAGACGUUGUUCCCCAAUUUUCUAGUGAAGCCAACAAAGCAUUGAUUAAAGACUUGAUUAAUUAUGUGUGUCCCUUUACAACAUUACGAAAUAUGGAAGGGCCCAUUGUGAUGUCAAGUUUGUAUAUUGAAGCCCGCAAGAAAAACAGUGUUAACUUUUGCUAUUGUUUCCCAUUUGAUGUUUCACUUUGGCUCCUUUUUAUUUGAACACCUACUGAGUCAGUGGCAGUGACACAUCACACACACACUGCAGGGGGUUUAAAGGCCCUGUGUGUAAGAAUUAGACUGAAAUGAACUGAGGACUCAGCUCACCCCUCCUUUACAAAGUAUGUGGAAUUAUGGUGACCUUUACAUACAAGAGAGGAUGUUCUUUGUUUGCGCGAUAAGCUUCAGAGAAAAGAUGGUGGCCUCCAUAAAGCAAGGCCCUUGCCUAAAGUACUUAUGAAAAGAAGAAGAUUAUACAUUUACACAGACACACUUAUGGGUGUUAUAUUCAAUUUUCUGCCAACAAACCCCUCACUUACGCGCACAAAUUUCUAGUUGUGUCAAGUUCCCGCCCUCUUGAUAACACUAAUAUAAAGUGUGCUAACCCAAAUCCAAAAUGAAUUUUGUUUAUAAAAUGCUUUGCGGUUUGUUUAAUUGAGAUAUUCAGAAUUAUUGAAAUGACUGGGCACUAUCUUGACCCAGGCCUUGUUACGUUUCAUUCAUUCAUUCAUUCAUUACUGUUUCAGGGGCCUUGUCACUCAGUUUGGACUCACUGGCCCUCUUUACACCUGGCAUUAAAAUGAGUUUUCUGUGAUUGCAUAAUGGAAUUGGAUAGUCCCCGUGUACAGUACAGGUGUAAAUACACCCGAGGACGGAUUGUUAUCUGAUCUACCAAACCACUUCCGGAGGUGGUCAGAGACGCAUUGUAACCACAUUGAACAGCAGUGUGAAUGCGAUGCAUCUCCAAUGAAAGCAUUGUUUUUUUUGCCUGUUGAAGACGACUGUCGAUCAGAUCUUGAUGU